AUCGAAGAUGGGUGGCGGCGGCGAAUACGUUAGAGUACCACCCAACAAAGGAGAGUGCGCGAAGAAUAAGAUUGAUCCUGCGUAUCGCGACUAUUGCUCGCACUUGCUCAUCCCCUUGAACAAGUGCAGAUACGCCAACUACUUCCUGCCAUGGAAAUGCACAGAAGAGAGGCAUGCUUACGAGAAGUGUCAAUUUCAGGAGUUUGAAUAUCGUGUGAAGAAACUGCAGGAACAGUCGUAAUAACAGAAAUGUAGAGAUUGCCGAUCAUGGGAGGUCAAUAUCGAAGGCGUCCUUCCCCUUCUUAGCACAGAAAAUGAUCUCUGCAGCUGCAUACAGUGAUGCUUGCUGUUUCUUAUUGCUGCUUACUCUCUUCAAUGCAUCAUCAAUGCAAGCAGUGGGUGG